CUAAACAAGGUUUAUGUUUUUUUAGGUGUAGAAGAAAAAUAUUUAAUUGCCACCCCCCCCCCACACACACACACAGACACACACAGACAAACCACAGUAACAACUAAUUGUAUACUACUGUGGCCUGAGGUCACUGGGUCUUAUUGCAGGACUUAUACUGACAGCUGCACCAACAGACCUGAUUGGUCUUCUCCACUUCUGUCAUUUUUCUAUUCUACAGGUUGCACUCCAGUGUGUGCCUAAAGGACUCAUUUAAGAUUUUUUCCAGCUAACUGAACUUGCACUAAGGGUGUUAUAAAAAAGAACUUCUCACUAGGAACAAAUCAACAUCAUGUACCUCUUUAUUGCUUUGUGUGUCUCUGGUAUUGCCCUCUGUUCAGCUCCUCCAUCCCCUGGGGCUAGCAGAAAUAACAAGGAAAAGCACAGAAGUGGAGAAAACAUAAAGCUGGUUGACUACAAUAUUAAUUAUGAGGAAUCUAUUGAUAUAAGAAAAUAUGAGGAACUUCAUGAUUAUUAUGACCAUGAACCCAAGGAAGUUCAUACACUGACUCCACUGAAUAAAAAGUCUGGCCUACUGACAAACCAGGGGACUGAGAAUCCCAUCACACUACCCAGUAUUCCAAAACCAUCAGAACAUAGUCUGUUUGGAUCCAUGACUGAGCAAGGCCUCCCUAUCUGCCUGGUUUGUGCUUGCAUUGGAACUUCAGUCUACUGUGAUGAUGUGGACCUGAACGGUAUUCCCCCUCUACCCAAAGACACUGCUUACUUGUAUGCACGUUUUAACAGAAUCACUAGAAUAAACAACAAUGACUUUAAAGGGCUAAACAAACUGAAACGUGUGGAUCUCUCCAGUAAUUUUCUGUCUAAGAUUGAUGAUGAUGCCAUUCAUUUCCUGCCAUCCCUUCAAGAGCUUAUCCUUUCUGAGAACCAACUUAAGGCUCUGCCUGAGUUACCCUCAAGCCUUACUCGCUUAGAUGUCCAGUAUAAUCAGUUGCAAAGUUCUGGGAUCCAGACAGAUGCAUUUAAGGAUCUUACCAGUUUGGAGUACUUGUAUCUUUCAAACAACAAACUGGACUAUAUUCCUGUGCCACUCCCUUACAGUCUACGGUCCCUUCACCUGCAGAAUAACAACAUUCAAACAAUGAACCUUGAAACCUUCUGUGAAAGCAGAGACCUCACGUUUAUAAGACGGAACUUGGAGGACAUUCGAAUGGAUGAUAAUCCAAUCAAUCUCAGCAAAUUUGUACAUGGCUAUUUCUGUCUUGUCCGACUUCCUACUGGUUCCUACUACUGAACUCUAUACACAAAUACACCUUCUAAAAAUGUCUCAGAUAGAUCUUAUUUGGCCAAUAGAAAAAGUGUAAUUUCUAGCUUUCAAGCUGAACAUAACUUUACAAAAAUUAUUCAUAUAAUUACUAAUAAAAGCAAGGUGUUAAA